UUAAACAAAAAAUUAAAUUGUAAAUUUGAUCUAGAAUCAUCCCAAUGGCAAAACAGGAUUUGGGCCCUAAAGAAGCAUCUCUUUUUCGUCAGAUUAUUAAACUUUAUGAAAUAAAACAAUAUAAAAAAAGUUUAAAAAAUGCGGAUCAAAUCUUAAAAAAAUAUCCUGAACAUGGAGAAACAUUAGCUAUGAAAGGUCUAAUUUUAACUUUAUUAAAUAAAAAAUCAGAAGGAUAUGAGCAUGCGCAUAGAGGGCUUAGAAAUAACCUUACAUCUCACAUAUGUUGGCAUGUUUUUGGUCUUUUACAUCGUUUGGAUAAAAAUUACAACGAGGCUAUAAAAUGUUAUCUUAAUGCUUUAAAAUAUGACAAAGAAAACUUGCAGAUAUUACGGGAUUUAGCUUUACUUCAAACUCACAAACGUCUUUUUAUACAGCUGGUUAAUACAAGAAAUAUUUUACUUCAAUUAAAUCCUAAGCAACGACAAAAUUGGACAGCAUAUGCAUUAGCAAAUUAUUUGAAUGGAGAUAUUUUAGCAUCAGAAAAAGUAUUAACAAUAUACGAAAAUAUCUCAGGGAACAAUUUAAGGAAUUAUGAAAAUUCUGAAACAAUUUUAUACAAAUGUACUAUAAUCAUGGAAUUGGGGAAUUAUAUAGAAGCAUUAAAUUAUAUAAAUUCUGUAGAAUGUCAAGUGAUUGAUAAAAUGUCUAUUAUGGAGAUUAAGGCUAAAUGUUUUUUAAAAUUACAAAAAAAAGAAGCGAUAGCGGAGUAUAUUAAGCUAUUAGAUCGUAACUCUGAAAAUUGUGAAUAUUACAUGGAUCUAGCUAAAGCUAAAGGAUUAAAAAACAAAAAUGAAGUAAUAGACACUAAUGGAUUGAAACAAAUGUAUAUUGAUCUUGAGAAAAGAUAUCCCGGAUCAUAUGUAGCUAAACGUUUACUUCUUGAUUUCUUAUCUGGCGACGAAUUUAAAAUAGCUAUAAAUAAAUAUUUAAAAAGACUUUUUAAAAAAGGCACACCAUCCACAUUUAUUUCUAUUAAAUGUUUAUAUUCAGAUAAAGAAAAAAAAGACAUAAUUCAAAAUUCGGUAGAACAAUACUUAGAUAAUUUAUAUUUAAAAAAAGAUAUUUUAUGCGGAGUUGAGAAUGAAACAAAGAAUAACGAUCCAACUUUAUUGCUUUGGAUAUUAUAUUUUCUUGCUCAACAUUAUGACUAUUUGCGUGAAACAGAAAAAGCAUUAAUGUACAUUAAUAGAGCUAUUGAGCAUACACCUACCCUUGUGGAGUUAUAUUUAACUAAAGCACGUAUAUAUAAACAUUCAGGAAAUACUCAAUUAGCAAUGUUCUUUCUUAAUAAUGCACGGAAAUUAGAUUUACAAGACAGAUAUAUAAAUACAAAAUGUGCAAAAUAUAUGUUACGUAAUGAUUGCAAUGAAGAGGCUCUAAAUAUUCUUAGCCUUUUUACUAAGAUUAACAUAAUUGAUGGACCAAUAGAUGAUUUAGUUGACAUGCAAUGUAUUUGGUUUAUUUUAGAAGAUGGACAAUCAUUUUUACGUCAAAAAAAAUACAACAUUGCAUUAAAACGUUUCGAAACAAUUCGUAAAAUUUUUAAUAUUUGGAGCGAGGAUCAGUUUGAUUUUCAUUCUUAUUCUUUAAGAAAAGGUACUAUUAGAACUUAUAUUAACUGUUUAAAAUGGGAAGAUAAUUUAUUUUCACAUCCAUUCUAUCUAAAAGCAGCACAGCUAGCAAUCAAAAUAUAUGUUUUACUUUAUGAUUAUCCGAAUUUAAAAAACGAUCUUAACUAUAUUGAUUCAAUUGCAUUCGAUAACAAGGAAACAUUAAAACAAAUGGAAAAUAUUCAAUUUCAAAACAAUAAUUUAAAUAAAAAAUAUAAAGAAAACGAAAAAUUAAAUUUUGAUGAUGAUCCAAAUGGAAAUAAAUUAAUUCAGACCGAAAAUCCUCUUCAAGAUGCUUUGCGUUUUCUUUCACCAUUGCAAUCACUUGUUCUUGACAAUAUACAGAUCUAUAUUUUAGGGUUUGAAAUUUAUUUUCGUCAGAAAAAUUAUUCACAAGCUUUAAAAUGCAUUUUGAAUGCACAAAAAUUGGAUUUAUAUCAUCCAGAAUUACAUUUACAAAUAAUUUAUUUUAAAAAAAACUUUAAAAAUAUUUUAGAGUCCCAGGAUGUAGAAGAAAUAACUCAAAAAAAAAAUGAAAUAUUUUCUACCGAUAUUACAGAAUAUGAUUUAAAUGAGGAAUUUUAUAAAUAUACGAAAAAUUUUAGUGCAUACCAUGUAUUAUCUUAUAUUAAAAGUCUUGUACUUAUUAAUGAGCUUUCUCAUUUAGAAAAAGCCAUAGUACAGCUUUUAUCCUUUGACAAUAUUGUGGUAUUUAGGGAAGCGUUUGAUAUCGUUACUGAAGAUAGACUUAAGAGUCUUUUUAAGAAAUUAAUUUUAGCAAAAUUUCCAUUAGCUACUGGUUUUGACUAA